AUGACGGUUAGAGAGAGAUCAGAAAUGGCGACGGAGAAGCCGAAGAUCGUGUGGAACGAAGGGAGGCAUAGAUUCGAGACUGAGGAUCACGAAGCGUUCGUAGAAUACAAGAUGAAGAACGACGGGAGAGUCAUGGAUCUGGUUCGAACCUACGUCCCGUCUUCAAAAGCAGGGUUUGGUCUGGCUUCGCACCUCUGCUUCGCCGCUUUCCAACACGCCUCCUCUCACUCCUUCUCCGUCGUUCCCACCUGCUCCUACGUUUCCGAAACGUUUCUUCCUCGAAACCCAUCAUGGAAGUAUCUGGUUCACUCUGAGGAUCCCAAGCUCCUCAAAUCUAGCAUCUGA